CACUAAAUUAUUAUGGAGCAAAAUUCUGCGAUGAACAGAGAAGACACACCAUCUUUAUUUUGGUAGUACCAGCCACCGAGCCAACCAGGGAGAGACAGAGACAGCAUCUCUGCCUACACAGUUAUUUUCCCAUUUCAUCUCUCUCUCCCUCUCUCCUGCUCUUGGAGACGGACACCAUGGCUGCCUUUCCUGCAGCUUACUAUCAAGGGCAGGUGACUGAUGAGGACAACGCAGAAGCGAUCGAUACAAUGGCGCAAGCGGAUCCGCAGGGGCCAGCGCCACCAGCAGAUGGAUACACAUGGAGGAAGUAUGGCCAAAAGUUCAUCAAAAAGAUCUCCAUGAACAGGAGCUAUUUCAGGUGCCAGAGAAGCAACUGUGAAGCAAAGAAACAGGUGGAGUGGAAAACUUCUAACUCACUUGUGAAAGUUGUGUAUACUGGGAACCACAAUCAUCCACCUCCAAGUUCUGCAGAUACCAACGGUGCUGGCUCUGGGGAGGAGCCACCUGCAACCAUGGACCAGUACAAUUUGGUCUACCAAGUCUUUGGGGACUCGCUUCCCCGAGGCUAGCCUUGUUUGCAGAUCGAUAUCCUACGUUCUUCAAGUUUGGGAAGAUCCUGUGACAUUGUUGGCAACACUAUCAUGCCACACUAGAAAUAUUGCAACGUGCCUGCCUAGCUUCUAUCAAUGUACAUAAACCUUAAUAAUUGGCACCUUUCUGUUCACAUAAAAAGCUAAUUCUUAUAUAAUUCUUACACAUAUA